GUGCCUCACUGCGUUGUCCCCGCGGAAAGGAGAUAAACAAAGAAAUCAGAAAUUGUUCUGAGUGUAAUCAAAUAAUCCCGGCUACACUUGGCCAAAUAAAGGAUGAAAUGGUCAGUUUGUUGGUAAUGGAAAAAGAAUUGCCAAAAGAUGAAUUUAGUUUAUUAGCCGUCCGCGAAGACAAAUCAGGAUUAAAAAAAUCCUUGUCCUCAGUUUUCCAAUUAGCCAAAAAACGAGGCGGCAAAGGAAAAAAGAAAUUCCGAGUGGAAGAGAAAGUAGUUUCAAAAUAUUGUGAUAAGCACGAAAACUCGACCAGCAAGUUAAGAGAAAACUGGGAAAACUUCGGGGAAAAACUUAAAGUUGCGAAAAAAAGGUGGGAAGAAUUGAAAGAGAUAUUAGAGAAAGCCCGAAAAGAACAAGUUAAUCCCGAAGACAAGGGUGACAAAAAGAAAAAAGAGUUAAAAAGUGCGGAGGAAAAAACCAAAAAGUGUGCGGAUUGUCAAAAAAAUUGUUCUCAACAUGAGGAUUUAAAAGUCCAGCAUGAGAAGGAUAAUUGUUGUGACCAGAAAAAAGUGGAAAAAGUAGAAUUGAAAGAAAAAAUCGAGCAAUUACAAUCUACCAAACCUAAUUCUAAAAAGUUGGAAAAACUACGGGAAGAAUUGAGAAAAUUAAAUCAACA